AUGUCAGCGAAUUCCAAAUUACCAGAGUAUGUCGCGUUUUACCAAACCACAAAGACGCUACUCUCUGUAGCGGGUCUUUGGUUGUCUGGAAAUCCGGGUUCAUUCUACAGUCGUUUACCUUUUCUUUUCAUUAUCGUUUUAUCUAUCACGGGUUUUGGUAUUCUGAUGUUUGUUUUACACCACAUAACGCGAAUUGCUAUCGUAGUAAGGGGCAUGAGCAUCGGAACUACUCUCAGCGACGAGCGAAUGAGAAAACUGAUGUUAGCUGGUGCCACCACUGUUCGUCGGAUAUGUUUCAUUAUUGUUUUUACUAUUGGUCUCGGGGUUGUGGUUUUCAUCCUCACGCCGUCAAUGAGUAUUAUAAACCAAAAACGUCAUGGUGUCCAACCUGUGAAGUAUUCCUUAAUAUACCCUGCAUUAUACCCUUGGGAUCCUUCUGAAUAUGGAGUUCUUUACCAAAUUCACUUCAUCAUCGACAUAUUGGCUUCAGUGAGUAUGUUCUGUGUUACGUGCGGAGUAGAUGGCCUUUUUGCUCUUUAUAUAUUCCAAAUGACAGGCCAACUCCGAAUAAUGUCGUAUCGUUUGACACACCUCAACGAGGAGGAAAAUAUUCAAAUAGUCAUAAAGGAAUGUUCUCAGCAAUAUCAAAUAUUACUCAAGUGUCGAGAUUCGAUAGAAGAUAUUUUUGGGCCCCUUGUAUUGUGGAUGAUGGGAACAAAUGCUAUCGUCCUGUGUGCAUUGAUGUUCCAACUGUCUCAAAUGACAAGCAUCUCUAUAGUACGAGGAAUUUUUAUCAUUAAUUAUUUGAUCAUGAAAACGGUUCAAACGUACAUUUAUACCUGGUCUGGAACAUCCCUCAUAACUCAAAGUGAAAAAUACCAUCAAGCCGUCUACGAUAUCAACUGGCUUGGAAAAAGGACAAUCAUGUCGUCGAUCAUCAUUAUGCUUAAUCAACGACCACUUUACCUGAAACCCUUCGGAUUUUCCGUUAUAUCUAUGAAUAUGUUUGUUAUGAUUCUCAAAACAACAGUAUCUUACUUUGGUCUGCUCAAGGCUAUGGAGAAAAAAUCCGGGUGA